ACGUCAUUGUGGAGCUAACAAAGCUCUCACGCGUCAAUGCUGUCUGUGUCUACACACAGUCACGCACCAAGCAAGCACCACGGGGAGGGACUCUGUCUUCUCUUUUCUAAUUCUCCCUCCUCUCCUCUCCAACAACACGUCCUUUGUUUUCUAUUAUUACCACUUCCAAGAACUAGUAUAAUAUAAUUUCUUGCUUCUCCAUCGGUAUUCUAUCAAAAUAUUAUAGUGAUAUUUUCUUUUUUGUAUUUGUACUUGACCAAACCCAAAAACAAACAGCCUACAAGUCUUCGUCUUUAUCUUAUUAUCAUGUGACAGGGUGGUUUCUUCUUGAUUUCUCUCACUAAGACACCGGAGGAAGAAGAAGAAGGUAGGAUUCCAAUAGCGGUUGCUUUGCUUUGAUUUGCCAAAUGGGAAACUGCUUAGAUUCUUCUGCUGCUAGAGUAGAUUCUACUCAGAGUUCACAUACUCCUGGAGCCUCAAGAAUUUCCAGCAGAACCAGCCGUUCUUCAGUUCCUUCUAGUCUGACCAUCCCAUCAUACAGUGGGAAGAGCAGUUCUGAAUGUUUUCCUACACCAAGGAGUGAAGGUGAAAUAUUGUCAUCUCCAAAUUUAAAGGCCUUCUCAUUCAAUGAGCUAAAAAGUGCCACCAGAAACUUCCGUCCCGAUAGUCUUCUUGGUGAAGGUGGCUUUGGUUGUGUUUUCAAAGGAUGGAUUGAUGAAAACACGUUGACUGCUUCAAAGCCUGGAUCAGGAAUGGUUGUGGCAGUCAAGAAGCUUAAACCUGAAGGCUUCCAAGGCCACAAGGAGUGGUUGACAGAAGUUAAUUAUCUUGGCCAACUUCAUCAUCCAAAUCUGGUUAAAUUGAUUGGGUACUGCGUGGAAGGUGAGAACCGACUUCUGGUCUAUGAGUUCAUGCCUAAAGGGAGCUUGGAGAAUCAUCUUUUCAGAAGAGGGCCACAGCCACUUUCAUGGGCAGUAAGGGUCAAAGUGGCUAUAGGUGCUGCCAGAGGGCUCUCUUUUCUUCAUGAUGCGAAAUCACAAGUCAUAUACCGUGACUUCAAGGCAUCUAAUAUUCUACUAGAUGCGGAAUUUAAUGCAAAACUUUCUGAUUUUGGUCUGGCCAAGGCAGGCCCUACUGGUGAUAGGACCCACGUGUCCACUCAAGUUAUGGGUACUCAUGGGUAUGCAGCACCUGAAUACGUUGCUACAGGUCGGUUGACAGCCAAAAGUGAUGUAUACAGCUUUGGGGUUGUGUUGCUUGAAUUAUUGUCUGGGCGACGGGCUGUUGAUAAAACUAAGGUGGGUGUGGAGCAGAACCUGGCAGACUGGGCGAAACCAUAUCUGGGUGACAAGAGGAAAUUAUUCCGAAUUAUGGACACCAAGUUGGGGGGACAAUAUCCUCAGAAGGGAGCCUUAAUGGCUGCAAACCUGGCUUUACAGUGCCUAAGCAAUGAAGCUAAAGUCAGGCCUCGAAUGUCAGAGGUAUUAGCAACGCUGGAGAACAUUGAAUUCCCUAAAGCUGCUGCAAAAAACUCCCGAUCAGAGCAACAAACAGUUCAGACACCUGUCCGACAGUCCCCAAUGAGACAUCAUCACGCUCCUGGGACUCCACCAGCCAGUGCCUCCCCACUGCCAUCCCACCACCAAUCUCCACGAUUACGAUGAGCAGCAGACAAUCACUUGUAGAUUCCAUAUUAUUUGCUUUUGUAUUUAGUUGUAAAAUUAUGGUAUGGUUGUGUAUCUCGAUGCAAUUUUGGAUUAGAGAAACAGAUAUGAUCACUUAUUGUACCGAAGGAGGGUCGUGGGAGGUUUACAAGCUGGCUUAGACCUUAGUCAUUUCUUCUUGUAGUAACAUAGAUGAACGUUUCUUGUUUCAGUAAUCUUUGUGCUCUCCAUCUGCAAUUACUCCUCGGUUAUGAUGAGCUCUUUGAUUGAUGCAA